GGUUUAGCCAGCGGCAUUGUGGGUAAACGCUUUGCAGCAGGAGGGAUGCGGUUGAUCCGCCAUUUUACCAGCUAUGAUGUUACACACAUACAGUAAACAUUGAGUGGAACCCCAUCAGUUAAUGACAUUGAGCAAAUUCUGUAGUUAGGUAUAGGGCAACCGUGAGAGGAGGCAAAACGAGUCCUCUAAAGGUGAGCGGAAAGCAGGGAAAGGGGCGGAAGAUGGCGGUUGACAGGCGAGACGAGAAAGAUGGAGAGCUCAACGUGCUGGAAGACAUCCUUACUGAGGCCCCUGACCAGGACGAUGAGCUCUAUAACCCCGAGAGUGAACACGACGUCAACGAGAAAAAAGGAUCCAAGAGGAAGAACGACCGUGGCGAUAACCAUGAACUGAAGCGUCUGCGGAGUUCCACUCACCCCAGCUGCAGCAGACAGCCCACUAAGAGAUCUGCCCCGUCGGGCGGAGCCAGUGGCAAAAAGCCUGUGAACCCUCGGGGGGGGAGACACCCCUCUGACUACAAGACAGAAGAUUACUACGAGGACAGGAAGAGCCAUCCGUUGAGAGCUAGUGGGGCCCCGAGGGGUGAGCCUCCUAAAUCAGCGCGCUCUGAGAAGCCCAUGAGCAGCAGAAGAGAACCAGACCGACAACCAGAGAGACAGAGAAUUAAACCUCUCAUGCCAGAGCUCAGCUCAGAGAAACUGAGACGUCAGGAGAGUGUCGGCAGAGUAAGCCCUUCCUCCAAGGAGGAGGUAGAGGAAGAGGAGUACGCGUCAGACCAGGAGACGGGCAGCACGGCCCAUUCCUCCGAUGGGAACCAAUCCAACAUGGAGGAGGAGGAGGUGAUGGAGGAGGAAGAGGAGGAGGGAGAGAAGGGCCCGGAGGAAGAGGAGGAAGAGGAGGACGAAGAAGAUGAGGAAGAAGAUGGCGAGGAGGAAGAGUACGAGCUGGAGGAAGGGGAUCAGAGGGCUGCAAAUGAGACCAAUGAUUAUGAUACUCGUAGUGAAGCCAGCGACUCCCAGUCUGAAUCGGUGUCCUUCUCUGAGGGAGAGUCGGUUCGCUCCGGGUCAGGAUCCGACGCCUCAGAGGUGGGAAGCUCAGCGACGAAGCACGGGGAUAGAGGGAUUUCUCCUGUGGUGUUUGAUAGAGGUGGAAGCUCAGCUUCAGUGUCUAUUUCAGGUUCGGAGAAGAAGCAGGACAAGCUGUCCUCGUCGGUUAGAGCUGUCCGCCGAGACCAGACCAGCAAGCUGAAGUAUGUCCUGAGAGAGGCACGCUUCUUCCUGAUCAAGAGCAACAACCAUGAGAACGUCUCCCUGGCUAAAGCCAAGGGGGUGUGGUCCACUCUGCCUGUUAAUGAGAAGAAGCUCAACGCUGCCUUCCGAUCAGCACGCAGCGUCAUCCUGGCGUUCUCAGUCAGGGAGAGUGGAAAGUUCCAAGGUUUUGCCAGGCUGUCCUCGGAGUCUCACCACGGAGGAUCUCCUAUCCACUGGGUCCUGCCGGCUGGGAUGAAUGCCAAGAUGCUGGGUGGGGUCUUCAAGAUUGACUGGAUCUGCAGACGGGAGUUGCCGUUUACUAAAACGGCUCACCUCUCCAAUCCAUGGAAUGAAAACAAGCCUGUAAAGAUUGGUCGAGAUGGACAGGAGAUCGAGCCAGAGUGUGGGAUGCAGCUGUGCCUGUUGUUCCCGCAGGAUGAGACCAUCGACUUGUAUCAAGUUAUUCAUAAAAUGAGACACAAGAGGAGGAUGCCUUCCGAGCCGCGCUCUCGGGGACGCCCACCGCACAGAGACCCCACCCACAGAGACCCCGCCCACAGAGACCCCGCCCGCGGAGACCUGGGAAGGCGUCGGCCAGAGGAAUAUGACCUACACAGCAGGAAACGCCCUAGGAUUGAAUAUCCUGCAGAGUUCCCGCAACGACCAGGCUUUAUGUCGGAUCCACGAAACCCGCCUGUUGACCGGCGGUUCCCUGCUGGAGUAAGAAGAGAUGUGUUUCUUAAUGGGUCCUACAAUGACUACAUGAGGGAGUUCCAUCACACCAUUGGACCCCCUCCUCCUUGGCAAGGAAUGGCGCCCUACCCCGGGAUGGAGCAGCCUCCUCAUCACCCCUAUUACCAUCCUCCCCCUCCUCAGGCCCACCCCCCCUACUCCGGCCAUCACCCCGUUCCACACGAUGCCCGGUUCAGGGAGAAAAGGGUUGUACGCUCCUUCAGCUCCAGCCUGCAUGACUACGACAUGAGAGUGGAUGACUUCCUGAGACGGACCCAGGCUGUGGUGUCUGGCCGUCGCAGCCGCCCCCGGGAACGAGACCGGCAGAGGGAACGCGAGCGGCCCAGAGAUGCGCGCCGGGACCGGGACAGAGACCGUGGUCGUGAGCGUGACCGGGAGAGAGAUCGGAUUCGGGAUAGAGAGCGGGAGAAGGAGAGGGGGCGCUACAGAAGAUAAGCAAGGGGCGAAAUUAAAUAAAAUUGCAAUUCCUGCGGUGGUUUUGUUUACCGUGCUGUUUUCUUUUUAUUAAGCUGAACUGUAUCUUUUAUGUGAUUGUUUGUUUGUUUUUUUACAUUAUGUUCUGAAGUCAAGUCGCAACCUCAUGUGGAUCAUGCAUGCAGUGUAACUGAACAAACCUGGAGGGCAAAAACCAAAAAUUCAUAUUUUAAACGUUUUGGGCUUGAUUCUAUUAAGAGAAGUUGGGUGUUUUUUUUUAGACACUACCCAGUAUCCAGACAGUACCCAACUUUAAAUGUUUAAUGCCAGUCUUGUGUUUCAGAAGGGAUUGUUUGAUCUUGCACUUGCCACAUUGUCUGUGGUAUUUGUAGUUGUCCAUGGUUCAUGUGAAGAUCUUGCCACUAAAAGGGGUACAGUUGACUUGUACUGAUUCUUAAUUGGCAGUGUUGUAGCGAGUCCCAUUAUACAGGCCUUUUACUUUUUUUUUUUUCUAGUGUUUGACUUG